AAACGAAACUAAAAUUUGAAGAGUUGUUUGAUUUGAGAUAAAAGGAAAAAACCACCGGGAAACGAGUCGAGUCGAGUCGAGUCGAAGUGAACUGAGAGACUGAGUUGAGCCGAGUCAGAAAUCAGAGCAGGAGAAUCGUUCCAACUCAAUCCUAACUGUUAUGGGAAACUCAUCCAAAGACGACUCCCUCACCGACGGUGACGCCUCCAGCGGCGACGCUCCACCCUCAAAAACCAGCCUUUACACCGAGGGUGAGAAGGUCCUCGCUUACCAUGGUCCUCGCAUCUACGAAGCUAAGGUUCAAAAGGCUGAGCUCAUGAAAAAAGAAUGGAAAUUCUUCGUUCACUAUCUUGGUUGGAAUAAAAGUUGGGACGAAUGGGUAGGGGCUGAUCGAUUGAUGAAACUUACCGAAGAGAAUGUGUUGAAGCAGCAAGAGCUUGACAAAAAGCAGGGUGUGGACAAGAAUGUAAAAUCGGGACGUUCUGCACAUACGAGACCUAAAAGUUCUGCUGAUGUUAAGGCUGAGAAAGAGGACACUAAGACCAAUGUGGUGAAAACAAAGAAACGGAAGACUGAAUCAGUUGCUGAGAAGGAGGGUGCUUCUUCGGAGAAGUCUGUAAAGAUUCAAAUUCCAUCAACACUCAGAAAACAGCUUGUAGAUGAUUGGGACUUUGUUAAUCAGCAGGAUAAACUUGUCAAACUUCCUCGUUCGCCAACGGUUGAUGAAAUUCUAUCGAAGUACCUUGAUUAUCGUUCAAAGAAGGAAAACACGACGUCUGAUUCCUUAGCAGAAAUCUUGAAAGGAAUAAGAUGUUACUUUGAUAAAGCACUUCCAGUUAUGCUCUUAUAUAAGAAAGAGCGCAAGCAAUUUCAGGAUGUUGUCCUAGAUGAUAUGUCUCCAUCAAACAUAUAUGGCGCCGAACAUUUGCUAAGACUCUUUGUUAAGUUGCCUGAGUUAUUGGCGUAUGUAAGCAUAGAGGAGGAAACACUGACACGCUUGCAACAGAAACUGACUGAUUUUCUUAAGUUUUUGCAGAAAAACCAGAGUACAUUCUUCCUUUCAACCUACGAUAGCAUUAAAGGGGUUGAAGGAAAGGGCAAGGGGAAAGACGACUGAAACUAAUCUGAAACUAGUCCCCGGUGACAAGUUUGAUGACCAUCUUACUCUUUUUUGUCUUUUCUUUUUUUGGAACUCGAAAUCCAGGUAGAUAUACCUUCCAAUUGUUGUACUAGUAGCAUUAGUUCAUUCUUUUGUUUCCAAAAGAGAUUCACUCAUUAAGUUACUCAUAAUCACAAUGAUGAAGUAACUCACUGUUAUAUGCUGCAUAACAUUUGGAAAUAUUAUUGUAUGUAUAAUUCAUGACUUGAAUAGUUGAAUCUGUAAGAAUGACAACUUAGUAUUUUACUCUAGUAAGCUAAUCAGUUAAAUUUCA